GUAAAUAAAAAGGUAUAUAUAUAAAAAAAAGAGAUAUCUCAUCAUCAUGAACCAGAGAACCUGCAUAAAGAUGGCAUGUCUCACUUCUCUUGUUCACAUAACCUUCACCUGUGGGGUCAGGAAAAUUCCCCAUUUUCUCUGUGAGGUCAUGGCUAUUCUGAAAUUCACCUGUGAGGACACUUCAGCCUAUAAGAAGACAGUGGUAAUAACAAGCAUUGCGGUGCUCCUUCUCCCAUUGUCACUCAUCCUCUCUUCUUAUACCCUCAUUUUCCUUAAUGUCCUCCAAGUAAAUUCACCUAAGGGGAGAAACAAAGCUCUAGCCACCUAUUCCUCCCUUCUAACUGUGGUCAGUUUCUAUUAUGGUCUAGCCAUUGUUGUUUAUAUGAGGCUAAGUUACUACCACGAUCCCAAAAUAGAUCAGAUUCUUUUUGUGCUUGGUGCUAUCCUGAUUUCUAUGAUGAACCCCCUCAUUUACAGUCUGAGAAACAAAGAAGUUAUGGGAGCAUUGAAGAAAAUUCUGGGACAGGCUCUGACUACAAAUUAA